GUUUAUAGCUUUUGGCCGCGCGGCCGUCGCGCUUGCUCGCUGUAGGUGGUUGCAAACCACCUAUUUUCCAACCAGCACCACACUUCCACUCACCCAGUUUUUCACCUUCAACUGCAGCAUACACACUUGUAGGCCAGGGACAAUGUUUGCACGCUCUUGCUGAGCCAGCGACGCCGAGUCGCGCCAGCGGUUUGGAGUGCGCGCUUGCCGCAUUUCUUGACGCUCUGCCACAAACCACGCUCACACUGGCCAGCAGCUGUUUCCUAGCUGAAGAGUGCAUAAGCUGUCAGAUGUUGGCAGAGCGCAACUAGGGGCGCGUCGGUUCGUGGCCCUGGGUCAUCGGGGCAUAGCGCCUCUCGCUCGCUGAAGGCACAUCGACGCUCCGUGGCCAUCCAUCAUGGCAUAUGGCUACUAUGUCCCACCUCCAGUGCCCACGGAAGAGCAGGAGACGGGCCUGUGUUGCGACCGGGGGUCCGUGUCGACGUUUGGCGCUCCGCUAUGUAUUUUCGUAGGCGGAGCGGCCUCGCUGCUUUGUAGCUUUUUCGUACCUUCAAGGACAGCGCUCAUUGUUGUCGUCAGCGUGGGAGGCUUGCUGUGCAUCGGAGGGGUCUUACUGGCUCGCCAACGAGUAAAACUAUGGCGAGAUGCGGAGCAGGAGCGGCUGCGGGAGAUGUGGCGCACGACCGACACGCGCGGGCGUUACCAGGAUGACAACAACACAGAGGCCACGCCACGCCCCAUCUUCGACAUCCCCCUCUACUGCCUGGAGGCUCCCUCCCGCCCCCUGCAGCGGCCGCUGCUGCCGCCGCCACAGCCGCCGCACAGCGAGGGGCCUGGCGGCGCGGGCCCACAGGCGGGCGCUGACCCCGCAGGCCAGCGCCGGUCGCCCUUCUCCGCACCCACUGACAGCACCACAGCAACAGCAGCAACCGUAACGGUCGCCAGCGGUGUCCUGCACGACGGAGGCGGGGAUGAAACAGGGGCAGGGGCGGGAGGGUGGGCUGGGGCACGGGCAGACACGGCCAACGGCGCCGCGGCAAGCGCUACCGCUGCCGCGAGCGCUGCCGUUGCGGCCGCCGCGGCGGCGCUGGCGGCGGUCUGCAGCGUGGGCUUCAUGGUAGACGAGGUGUCGCUUGCGGUGCCCCUCAAGACCGAUGACCUGUUCGGGAGCGAGCGGCCGGUGUGGGGCGCCAUGGCGCUCGUGAUCCACCCCGCCUUCGGUGGCGGCAAGUUUCUCGGCCCCGCCGCCCACCCGUCUCCCACGCUACAGCAGCAGCAGCAGCAGCUGGGUACCGCGGAUGGGGCUGCGGUGGUGACAAUGCAGGUGACUGAAGGCGCCGGCGGCAGCUGCACCUCGCCCUUCGCGCAGCUCGCUGCUCCAUCUCUCGGUGUUGAGGCCAACGCCGACGUCUACAGUGGCGGCAGCGCUGGCCUGGCCGGUCCCGGCCCUGCAGCUGCCGCGCCGCCGGUGCUGCAAAUCAGCCGGCGCGGCAGCGCAGAGGGCGGCACAUGCCUGAACCCAGCCGCAAUGGCUGCGGCGGCCGCGGCUGCGGCGGCUGCUAGCUGCAGCACCGUGUCGACUUUCAGCCCCACCGCCGCCGCCGGCACGCCCUUCGCGUCACAUGCGGGGCCGAUGCCGCAGCCCAGCACACCACACCACGACGGGGCAGACGCCGCGUUUGCGGGCGUGGUGUCGCUCACGCUCAUUCGAGCCAGCUCAGACAAGCUGCCGCCGCCGCCCCAGUCGCCGCCUCCGGCGUUCUCGACAUUGGGGCGAGCGGCGAGCCUGGGCCUGCCGAGGGUGGAUGGAGGAGGCGGUGGCGGCGGCGGCACGCGGCCCGGCAGCGGCACGGGACUGGGGCCCGGGGGCAGGCGGACGGAGGGUGGCAGGGGCGGCGUGGGUAUGGCGGAGCUACUCGCCUCACUGUUUGCAUCGGUGGCUGGCGGCGGCGGCGGCGGCGGAGGAGGAGGAGGAGGCGGAGGUGGUGGAGCUGGCGGUGGCGGUGGCGGUGGCGGUGGCGGCAGCGGUAGCGCAGCUGGAACCUCCGCAAGCGGUCCUGGCAGUGCGGCGAACGGGAUGCUUUACAGCCAGUCGAUGCCGGCUGCAGCAGCUGUAGCUACAGCCUCAGCCGCGGCAGCAGCUACAGCCGCGGCAGCAGCCGCGGCAGGAGCUGGAGCUCUGGGCGUCAGUUCGCAGCCGCUGGCUGGGGGCCACGUGGAGUUGCAGGCGCAGGGGAGGCAACCCGCGACGACCCCGUCCUUGGCACUUCGGGCUCCGCCACAGGUCCCUGUGAUGGUUGCGGCCGCGCCCGCUACAGCCAAGCCGGCUGCCACAGCCAAGCCCGCUGCUACAGCCAAGCCGGCCGCGCCCGCGACCGUGUCGUCGCCCUCACAUGAGGGCGGGCGGACGGGCGGGCGGGCGGCUGGCGGCUGGCGGCUGGCGGCUGGCGGCUGGCGGCUGGCGGCUGGCGGCUGGCGGCUGGCGGCUGGCGGCUGGCGGCUGGCGGCUGGCGGCUGGCGGCUGGCGGCUGGCGGCUGGCGGCUGGCGGCUGGCGGCUGGCGGCUGGCGGCUGGCGGCUGGCGGCUGGCGGCUGGCGGCUGGCGGCAGACGGAGCGGCCGGACUAAGACCGGUGUCACGACCCCGCAUCACAAGUUUGUUGUGGCCACUGCCAUCCGUGUCGAGCGCCGCCGGCUGAGUGCGUUGGCGGCGUGGGUUGCUCUCAUUCCAGGACUGAUGUGUUUGGUUCCCAUCGGCGCUUCCAUGCUUGCUUGAUGCAAUAGGGCUUUGGCACGCAAGGGACAAUAGACGUAGUACUGAGUAGUUUAGUAUGGUGGCAUUGCCCGCGUUUUGGUACGUAAGGAAGGGGCUCGUUGCGGCCGUGGAUCAUGUGAACCUACGCAAGCAAGCAUGGAUGGUGCCUGUGCGGACUGUGGUCUCGAGUAACGCGACCAGACCAUGUAAGGCCGGCCGCGGUUUGCUCGUACGGUGGCCUGGAAUUUACGGCAUGCGAGCGCCGAGUGCCCAAGGGGCCCCUUUGAUGGCGGCGAUCUGUGUGUGGGUUAUGUGAAGUGCCCCGCCGGUGUUUGAUGAUGGCCAUUGUGGCGGGUGCUGCAGCAUAUAGGUUCUUUAUAUGUAAUAUCGCAACCAUAUAGGUUCUUUAUAGGUUUAGAGGCGGCGGAUUGCUGGAUGCGUCAGGCGCACCUUGUGGUGGUGCCCUGUGGUGAAGUGCUGCUCCAGCAUCUGGGCACCAGUGGCAGGCCGUGUGGUGGCAGGCAGGGGACCCCUGGUGGCAGGCAGGCAUUGCGAGGGAUAUACGUCUGUACAGCGCUGUGCGUGUGUGGAGGGUGGGGGAAGAGUGAUGCAUGGGCACGUUAAGAGAGAUGUGCUGUACAUGUGUCAUUAAGAGUUUGAGCCAGAACCCGAAUGCAGCUCGUUCGGCUGAGCCAGAGUUUCGGCUUCCCUUGGAGAGUGGGAGAGAGGGCGUGGAGAGUGGUCGUGGAGAGGUUUAGCAGGAGCAGUAGAAAGGUAGAAAGCAUGCCGUAUAGUGGAUGCAAGUCCUUGGAAGGUUGAGUGGUGUGACUGCUGGCGGCGCCAAUGCGCCAUGCAGGGCCUGCGGAUGGACGUGAAGGGGGACUGGGCGUAACUUAUGUUUGAUGCGGGGGGAUGUCUUAUGAAGAUAAUCCUGGAUACCGUAAACCGCGUAGGAAGGGAAGUCGAUAGGACGAGGGUUUGGCCUUGAGGUGUGAGGCGUGUCGCGGACUCGAGCAGGCAGGAGACACUGUAGACACCUGCAGACGGAGAUCGACCCGC